UCCAGUGGGUAGUCUAUAAUUCUGUUAAGUAAGGAACAAAGCUACUUUAACUUUUUUUGUAACAUGAAGUAAUAUCGUUAACAUAAACUUUAAAAACUUAAUGUAUGAUUAUUGUAAUUUAAUGAAAACUAGAGUUUUUAAUAAGAAGGAACUGUAGAAUAGUUUUACUGUAAGUACUUCGUAUAGGAUAAGACACUGCGAGUAGCCAUUUUUUUCGCCUAAGUUUUAUCUACGUUUAUAAACACCAAAAUUAAAUUUCUUUUCCCACUAUUCCCGCAGUCUUAUCUUGCAUAGUACUUCGCGCUAUCACUUUUUCAUCUUAAAUAUUUAUGUUUUAACUUCUUAAAUAUUUGUCGAAAUGACAUAGUGUAAAAGGCAAAGUUUAUCGUCUUUAAAUAUCAAAAGCGAUAAGAGUAUUUGUUUGAAUAAAUUGUUAAUACAAAAUGUGCAUUUUUGGAAUGGACAUAAAUUUAUACUUUAUUUUAGAUUCACUAUUUUAGCGAUAAUGGUUUGCAUAUUAAAAACAGAUAUAUGGAGUCGCGGACUUUCUUGUAGAACUAUUUAAGAGAUACAUUUUCACUGUACAUUAUAUUCGUGUAACUUUUAUUGUUUUUGAAGUGCAGGCCAAAAUGGCUCGCAGAUGGAAGAUUUUUUCCGUCUUACGUGACACUUAUUGUUAUAUUUUGGCCAAUUCACUCAAUGACUACAUAAAUUGUUAUCUAUAUGUUAUGUAUAUGUUAUAGUAUGAGCUAUAUUACUGUAAAGUUUCAUUAAAAUCCAUUCAGUAUUUUUUAGGUGAAAGAGUAACAAAGAUCCAUACAAACGUAAGAUUGAAAUUAAAAGCGUAAGUGGUUAAUAUACAACUUUAAAUCGUUGUAGAUACUAAAGAGACAUAAAAUGAAAAAUGAUGUAAGGAACCUAAUCACGAUUAUCUAGUCUAGACAAUGAUACCCCACUCAACAUAUUUCGUCAACUUAUUUUUUUUACUUCGUCACUAUAUGGCGCCUAAUUGUCCCAAUAUUGAAUUUUGAUUACUAUCAUAUCUUUAGUAGCACUCCUAUGAUUAAAACGAAUCGAUUGAUGUAUAAAUCAUUAAAAUCGGUCCAGGCGUUUGGUCUCUAGUGUGCCACAAAGGAAUAAACAUACAUAUAUAGACUGUUAAAAACUAUACCCUUUCUGCGCGUCGCGCUUCGCGCUCUUGCAUUGCGCAGUCGGGUAAAAAAGACCAAUUAAUUUUGGUUGAUAAUCGUCUUAAAGUUCUACUAGUUCUAGUUACUCAUAACUAUAACAGAUGAGAAUUAAACAUUAUUAUUUUUACGACUUGGAGUCUUCGAGUGUAUCCUUCUAAAAUUAAAAGAAAAAAAUACUUGACAAUCCAAAAGCAUUUUUUGGAAGUUAUAUAAUGAAAUUGCGACUUUAAAUGUAUAAUUACUUUAAUAUUAAUAAUAAUAUUAAAACACCCACAUGUUAUGGUAUCUCACGCCCAGGUAGAGCGUCCCGGCCGCCCACCUUGCACUUUGACAUUUUCCCGCGUUCGCCGGGAAAGAUCAACAGGUGGUAACCAUGGCAACGCACAAACACGCCGGUCGUGACCUUUCCUCAUUCCCGACCCGGUAUCCGCCGCCCUUUCGCGAUUCACUUUAUACACACCCACAAUAAUGAUAAACAUUUUCAUAUUCAAAAAUGUAAUUAAAAGAUACAAACUUUUUAAUAUGCCGUAAUUAAUGUCACCAAUUGACUUUAAUUACGGCAGUUGGAAAACAUAAUAUUAAGUUAACAAAUUCUUCGCUAGUUAUUAUUACAUAGACUACUCUAUAAUAUUGGUAUUUUAACAUUUCUCUUAAUCAUUCCCUCUGACGAAUCAUCACCUACGAAAAGAUUUUGCAAAUAAAGCUUGUUCAAAAAUAAUUAUUACGUAAAUAAACGACGUGCAAAGUACGUCAACGGAUUACACACAAAUACAAUAACGUAUCUAUGGUGGAACGAAGGAAGACACGUUACGUAGCUUAUGACCGACCUUAUAUUUUUAGAUUAACUAAAUGAUUUAUCGGAACUACGUAACGUUCAAACUAUCCGACCCGGCCGCCGACGUCAUGGGAGCGCGUGCCGCUCGGCUAAUUGUAGCAUGACCAAAACAGUCUCAACCACCUCGACGGCAGGCGCGUAGUACGAAAGCGGAGCGUGAUUCAGCGCGCGGAGAAAGUGGUGCUGCGAGGAGUGCAGGGCGCGCGACGUGACGCGUACCGCGCGACGAGCCUCCGCGCCCACGCGAGCGCGCGCUCACGCCGCCCGCCGCACCGCCAUCACUACACUUGCGCGCCCCGCGCUUUUCGCGCGCCUCCCUUUGCCGCCGCGACGCCGCGCCAUUUUCUCGCGCACGUGGGCGACGCCGCCGCCGCCACCGGCCAAACGACUCGAUCACCAUUAACGCGGCCGUCGUGAAUGAACGCCGACCUCGACCGGGUGGCUGGCGUCCAUUGAUAGGGCGCGCGGCGGGCGACGACCGGCCGCGGCGCUCGCACGGGGGCGGCUCGUUGCACGCCCUCGCCGUUCGAGCGCGCCUCAGUCGAGGAUGUGGCGUUCUCCGCGCGACGACACUCACCGCGUGCGAAAUCUGUGUUCAUUUAUCAGUAGAUGCUCGUGACCCUUCGAGUCAUUAUCGUGCCGCGUAUACGUAAUUUCCUAAAUGUAAAGUUCUGUGAUCGCGUCAAUUGUUGUUAGGACGUAAGUUAGUUAGUCAACCGGUUAGGUCGAGAACGGCGCACACGCCACUGUGCACCGUGGAGGCUCGCGGAGCGUGGAAACGUGAAGUGGAUGUGAGUGUGCGUGCGCUGUCGCACACGCUGGUGUGGUGUUUACGGUGCGGGGAUGCGCUCGUGCGAUGCUCUCGGUGAUCGCAAUGCGUCGGCCGGAGGACGAGGAGCUGGGCGGUCGCGGCGACGGCGACGAGUUCGUGGACAUCUCGCAGAUGCAGCUGCUGGUGGAGGCGGGGCCGAGCGGGCUGCACUACGGGGGCCCGCCGCCGCCCCUGGCGCAGCCCCAGCCGUACGCGCAGCCGCCCGCGCAUCCUGCGCCUACCACCUCCGUCGACGACCUCUUUGCGCUCUACUUUACACCUACCCCACAUGGCGACCAUGCACUAGGUACAUUACCAGGCGAUGAGUUGUCGUUGGGGUGUUCUCCGCGACGGCACAAGCACGAAGCGUCUCUGUCUCCAGGCGCACGCGCCGAGGACGCGAGCAAUGCGUCGAGCGCAAGCGCGUCUCUGUAUGGCCCGGUAGGCAGCAAGCGUGCGCCUUCCCCGCCGCUGCAAUGGCUCCUACCACCAGGUCCCGGACCUGGCGCCAUGGACAAAUACUUUCAACAGGAGUACGAGGAGCGAGUGGACUUGCUCCCGCCCGAGUGCCAGCCGUCGUAUUGUCCUCAGCCGCAAUCAUGCCCGCCGCCGCAGCAUUGCGAGUACCGCCCGCCGCCGCAACCGCAACCCCAACAUACGUGGGAGACGCAGGAGUACGCUCCUCCUCCUCAGCCCACUCCCGGGCCCUCGGGAUUGCCUAAACGCGAACCGUAUCCGAGUCCGGCCAGCGACCGACCAGUGCAACUCGCCGAAUACAAUCCUUCUACGAGCAAGGGCCACGAGAUUCUGUCACAGGUCUACCAGCAAAGUACGCAACCGCUGAGACUCGUAGCGGUCAAACCGCGGAAAUACCCCAAUCGGCCGAGCAAAACCCCCGUACACGAGCGCCCGUACGCAUGCCCGGUAGACAGCUGCGACCGGCGUUUUUCGCGAUCGGACGAAUUAACUCGGCACAUACGCAUACAUACAGGCCAGAAGCCAUUUCAGUGUCGUAUCUGCAUGCGAUCGUUCAGCAGAUCAGACCACCUCACGACACAUGUGCGGACACACACAGGUGAGAAACCGUUCGCGUGUGAUAUAUGCGGACGCAAAUUCGCACGUUCCGACGAGAAGAAGCGACACGCGAAAGUGCACCUAAAGCAACGGCUCAAACGUGAGCGGGGCGGUGGCGGCGGCACGCACCACCACGAUCCACACGCCCUCUAGCAUUCGCCGGAGCGCGCUCCCGCGCUUGUGCCCACCUCCUCUCCCGCACCCUCGCCCGCGUCCGCGUCCGCAUCCGCUCAUUCUAGCCGCGACAGCGCGACGCCUGCGAAUCCUAAAACGCCUCAGGCGGAACAUUGAACUUUUAUAUAUUUUCACGUUGAAGUUAUCAAAUAAUUUCAUCGCUUAGUUGUAAAAGAUUGUCUUUAACGAAGCUUUAUUAACUCUACAUUUUGUAAAUUCACUGAAAUUUAUAUAUAAUAUUAAAAUAUAUAUAUCUUUUUAUACAUAUUUGUAAUUAUCACAAUUAGGAAGUGAGUUCGAUGUAUUUAUUUAGAUAGGUAGGCUAAUUGAAUGAACUUGACUGGGAACAAACGUAGAUACGAAGCGAUAUGGCCUAAAAUGACCAAUGUGCGCGUCUAUGUACGUUUCGUUAAAAUUUUGGCAGCGCCUGCGCGCCCUCAUUGUCGUCCUGACGCAUUAUGAACACAUAUCUUUCUAUCUGGCGGUAGAUCUGUAGCUUAAAUAUCUCUCGCAUUGGUAACGAUCAUUCAUACGUUCAAUUUUGGUGUCUUUGCAUUAAAAGUGAUCGUACAGAAGUGAUAUUUCAUGAGCCUAUUGGCAGGUACGAUCGUGGGGAAAUAUUUAUCAUGAAUUUGGAAAAUAGUGAAUCCGACAAGUUCCUGUACGUUUGUGGUGAUGCAGAUUAUUUGAGUAGUGAAUAUUUCUCCACUGUGAUCUACCUACUUAACUAUUGUAGGUAUAUUCAAUAUUCUUAUACUUUACAAAACUAACGUGAAACUGUGCCAUUAAUUUAACUUUACAACGUGCCACUGCAAUUUUAUUUGUAUACAUAUAAAUACUACUUAGUGUAACAUGACUGCUAAAUAAGUGAUAAAUUUAAUAUUAUUUUGGUUUAUAUUUCUAGUCGAAGAUGUAUUAUGAGCGUGAGUUUGUCGACUAUUUUAAUUUUCUCUAUAAUACCUUGUUUAUAUUAAUUUUCUAUUUGUUUAAUUUCGACAGAUGCUGUCGCAAUCUUCUCUUGCUCAAGAAAUUUUAAUUAAACAAAAUUUGCUCAAUUCUGCUUAUUUUGGAAAGAACCGCUGUUAACAUUAACGGGGUAUCUCUUGUUUCUCUCAUAUCUCUACAUCUGACUUUCUAUUUACAGUAUCGCACUUGUUACUUUGUUAUUUCAAUAUUGUGUUUCCCAGUGGCAUAUAUUUUUAUAAUGUGCGUAUUAUAGACUAAUAUAGUAAAUAGAGUAUGUCGGUAAAUUAUGAUCUCUUAAUCAUUAUUAAUUACUUUCAAGUACCUAUAGAGAGGACUCUUAAUUUAUAAUACUCAUAAGUUUUUGUAUAGAUAUAAUUAUACUAUAAGAUCGUUUCUAAUAUACUUACUAGAUUUCUGUUACUACUGUGAUCAUGUUAAGAUGCAAAUUCUGAUAAAAUGUUGACUAGUAUCGAUUAUUUAGUCUGUGGGCCGCUUUCACGAUUGCCAUUGCCAGUAAAGAAGCAGGGAGUUCAACUUUAAGACGAGUUGAUGAUUGCUGUUUGCGAUGACUAAGGAGUAUUUUAAGCUCCCAGAAGUAGUAAAUAGGUUAUAUAAAUAUAUAAAUUAAGAUGAAAGUACAUUGUGAAAGAAGCUCUACUUAUGCCAGUACUAUUCACACCGCGUAUGCUAUUCAUAACUACUAACGUAAUAUAAAUGAGUUAAUUUCUCUACAUUAGUACAAAAUUCAGCACAAAAGAAAUUUCCAUUUUAAUGUUAAUUAUAGACAUGUUUUUACAAAAAUGCCUUCGACUUAUAAUGAUAUCUUCUGUUGUAACAUAAGUAUUGUCGUGUGGUGAAUCACUUUGUUACUCAUUGUUUACUGUAGAAUACGUGAUUACCUACCUAAUUGAUUUGAUUAAACAAGAAUAAAGUAAUGCAAUCCACACAAUAUUAUAGGAAACAAAUUUUUAUAAUGUCACCAAGCAGACAGUGAUUUAUUAUAACACAACAGGGUGGGCCAUUCAAAAAUGUCGGUCUUUAUGAAUUUAGGAUAUCUGACAAUAAUAUUACUAACACUUGCGCCUACAAAUCUAAACGCAAUAGGGAACGGUGCAAUCCAGGUGUCAACGUACAAAUUUUCCAACUUUGGCACACGUUUGUUGUGACAUGGAUCUAAUGCAUUUAUAUGAGUAUCCGUAUCCGGCCUCUUUUUGAAUGAUUUACAGUAAAAUUACAAGAGGCAAAAUAAUUUUACCUACUCAUAAAGCCUAACGUUGUUAGAGUAGGAGUAGUAGUACGCCUUAUUUGCCACGCUUACUGACGACACCUGGGACAACGUUCCCUACUGCUCAGCCUCAGAGCGCUCACAACGAACACGCGGUAACAACGCGUAUACUUGAGAAUAUGGUCUACGAGUUUAUAAUGUUUUUACUGUUAUAGAAGAGACGAAGUCUCCGAUAGAAAAGGCUAGCUUAGAUAGAAUUUAAAUAAAAAAUAAUUGAAAUUAGUCAAACGAGUGACAAAUGUAACGGAAAAGACUAAAUUCUUACACACUUUACGUAAUGUUGCAACGCGUUAACGUUAUUGAUAUACAGUGAUUGUAUUAGGUUACGAGUAACCGGAAGCAGGCCCGACAGGGACGACUUUCGUUGUUGACAAACUCUGUUACUAUACGACCCUGUACACGGUGAUAUGGAUCAUGAUAAGAUUUUAAUUUGAUUCCUAGAACUUUUCUUUUCAAAUGUAAAUGAUGAACAAGCUUUUAUAAAUGGUGUUCACAUGAUUACCUAGAAAAUGGGUGCGAAUUCUUUACGAAUUUUGUGUAAGUAUGGUUAUUAAUAUAAGCUGUCUUUAUGUAUUUCACCAGAGUGAAAGAUGUUGUUGAUGUUCUAAAAUAUAAAUAGUCAUAAGUACGUAGUUUUUGUUAAAAUUCACUAAUUUUACUAAAUUCUAUUUAAUAUAUUUGUAAAUACACUCUGACUAAUUUUGGGAUUUAAUGUGUAUAUAAGAGAAAAGAAAUUUUUAUUUAAUAUGAAAACACCUAAGGUGCGAAAAUACAAAUUGUUGGAAACUUGAAAGUUGUCGUUUGAAUUUACAAUGUUUAUUUCUUUCCCGUCACCUUCCUUUAAUAAUUCCCGUUUUUUUUAUAAAAGUGCCAACUUAUCUUUGUUCUAAAUCCACAAAAUACUUGGCAGAAGAUUAAAGAACUAGAUAAUUUUAGAGAGGCAAAUGUCUAUUGGCACACUAUAUUGACAGUUACUCUUUUAACGUUGUGAAAAAAGGAACACAAUACAAAUAUCAACAACUGAGAACCCAGGCUGGAUUUAGUACUAUCCAGAGCUAUAAAAUAAAAAUUAACUGUUGCGUUUAAUAGAACACGGUCCGCGGACUACCUAUCUAUACUAUAGCUCCGGACGGCGGUCCUUCGCACGGUCCGUCCGUGUAACACUAAACCCAGGCUAAGAACUAACCAAAUCCUUGAUUUCCUUACCCAGCUAUACAAAUAUUUUCAUAAUUAUAAUGCGCUAGCGGCCGCCCGUGACUUCGUGUGCGUUUUUUUG